AUGGACUCCGGAGCGGGGGAAUAUACAAUGGCUCGCCUUGGUUUCCUUCUGGUUUUGAUGGGGCUUUGGAGGUUUAGCGAUGCUUGCCCUGCAUCCUGCACUUGCAGCAUCUCAAGGAUCGCUUGUAUUGAUUCUGUGCCGGGGAUUGAGGAUUUCCCGGUCCUUCCGUUAGACGACAUGGAAAACAUCACCGAGAUAUACAUCUCAAAUCAGAACAGACUCUUUGAAAUCAAUGACAACAGCUUAAAGUACUACAUAAACCUCAGAAAUCUAACGGUGACCAAGACCAGAUUGACAUCAAUAUCAUCAGAUGCCUUCUUCAACAACACAAGACUUCAAUAUGUAAAUCUCAGAGACAAUAACUUAUCGACAUUGUCAUGGAGAACUUUCCAGAACUUAAACACGAUAUACUCGCUCCUCCUCUCCGGUAACCCUAUGGAAUGUGUGUGUGAGAACCUAUGGAUCAAACUGAGGCUACUGGAUGAAAUUGAGAGUCAAGAGCUGAAGUGCAUCGAUGACAGAGGAGUCCAGAAGGCCUUUGCUAAACUCACUCCACCGGACUGUGUGGUUCCUCAAGUGGAGGUCACUCCCACAGUUGUGACCAAGAUGGAGGGCAGUGAUGUGAAUGCAGUGUGCAGCGCCUCCGGCUCCCCGCCUCCUGAGAUCCUGUGGAACUUUGAUAUGCUCUCGACCAGUUACGAGAUAGAUGCGCUGGAUCUGAAGAGCAGUCUCACCCUGUCAGGCUUGUCCCCUGACGACAACGGCAGAGUGAUCAUCUGCAGUGCCGAGAACAUGGUGGGGCAGACCGAAGCCACCCUCCAGCUGAAUAUUCUCUUUGCCCCCACCAUCAAGCAUCUGUUGGUGCCUGAAAGGGACCACCACUGGUGCAUCCCCUUCAGCGUGACAGGAAAUCCUAAACCCGAUCUGCAAUGGUACCACAAGAACGUACUUCUCCACGAGCAGGACUACAUCCACACCAAGAUCCACUUGUUCUCUGAGGGCGAAUAUCACGGCUGUCUGCAGCUGGUCAACCCGACACACAUCCACAACGGCGAGUACACGCUGGUGGCCAAGAACAAGUACGGACAGGACGAGAAGAGGGUCACGGCCCAGUUCAUCGACCCUCCCAACAUCGGACACUCAGGUCUCGAUACGCUUUCUAUUUCUAACUUUAGCAGUAACUUCAACAGUGACACUUACUGUAAAUAUAACAAAAAUGACGACUCCCCUUUCUUGUUCCAUGCGAUUCAUGCAUCGCCCUUCCUUGGCUAUGCACCUCCCUUUUGCUCCCACCCAGACACUCCUGAGUCGCCGCUCCCUCCGCUGGACGACAGCGUUGCAGUAUAUGUAGUGGUGGGCAUUGCAGGUGUUGCCUUGACUGGUUGUGUUCUAAUGGUGAUCAUUCUGAAAUAUGGAAGAAACUCAAAUUUCGGUAUUAAAGGCUCCUCCUCUGUCAUCAGUAAUGAUGAUGACUCCGCCAGCCCUCUUCAUCAUGUCUCCAAUGGCAACAACACCCCGUCGUCCUCAGAGAUGGGUCCAGACGCAGUGAUCAUCGGGAUGACAAAGAUUCCUGUCAUUGAGAACCCACAGUACUUCCGUAACUCAGGCAGCAUACUGAAAUCUGACACAUUUGUCCAACACAUCAAAAGACACAACAUUGUGCUGAAACGGGAGCUGGGAGAGGGGGCCUUCGGGAAGGUCUUCUUAGCCGAGUGCUAUAACCUGACACCAGAUCAGGAGAAACUCCUGGUGGCUGUCAAGACGCUGAAAGAAGCGAGUGAAAGUGGCCGAGCUGACUUCUAUCGAGAGGCUGAGCUCCUGACCAACCUGCAACACGAGCAUAUUGUCACCUUCUAUGGGGUUUGUGUAGAGAGUGACCCCCUCAUCAUGGUGUUUGAAUAUAUGAAACACGGCGACCUAAACAAGUUUCUCAGGACUCAUGGUCCUGAUGCAGUGCUGAUGGCGGACGGUCAACACAGCAUCCUGGUGGAGCUCACCCAGUCCCAGAUGCUGCACAUCGCCCAACAGAUUGCUGCUGGCAUGGUCUACCUGGCCUCUCAGCACUUUGUUCACAGAGACUUGGCCACCAGGAACUGCCUGGUCGGAGAGAACCUGCUGGUUAAGAUAGGAGACUUUGGCAUGUCCAGAGACGUCUACAGCACAGACUACUACAGGGUCGGUGGUCAUACAAUGCUGCCAAUCCGCUGGAUGCCCCCAGAGAGCAUCAUGUACCGGCGGUUUACUACAGAGAGUGAUGUGUGGAGCCUGGGUGUGGUGCUGUGGGAGAUCUUCACCUAUGGCAAGCAGCCCUGGUAUCAGCUUUCCAAUAACGAGGUGAUUGAGUGUAUCACUCAGGGACGCGUGCUGCAGCGGCCCCGUACCUGCCCCAAGGAGGUGUACGACCUGAUGCUGGGCUGCUGGCAAAGGGAGCCCUACAUGAGGCUCAGCAUCAAGGAGAUCCACAGCCUGCUGCAGAGCCUCGCCAAGGCCUCGCCGGUCUACUUGGACAUACUGGGCUAA